GCAGCCAUUUUGUCUGUUCGGGUAACCGUCUCCCUUCACGGUGUCGAACUCCAGUUCCACCCUGGAAAACAAACCGGAUUCUCGCUUUUGCCUCUCUUUUUAUUUCUAUAUAUCAUUCGAGUGGGAGUAAAAAAUAUUGCUUAAAUAAGGAGCAUUGGAAGAGGGCGUCCUCUCGUGAACAAGGGCGCACGUUAGCCAUAAAAACACGGGACUGUGAGAUGUCGAAUGAGGAGAGCUACCUAGCCAUCAUACGCUAUCUGACAGACGAACAUGAGCCCUACGCUCCGGGGACUCCCGGCAACACCAAGAGGAAAAUACGGAAAGCGGCGAUAUGUUACGUGGUGCGGGAAGGGACAUUGUUUUAUCAGCGGCGGCUAAAGGGCCAGGAUAACUUCGCCGAGCUGGAGGUGGUGCUGCAGGAUGAGCGCAGGAAGGAACUCAUCAACCAGGCGCAUAUCGGUGAGGGAGGAGAGCAUCUGAACCAGACUCUCACGUGGGAGGUGAUCUCGAAUAAAUAUUGGUGGAGAGGUGUUAUGAAGAAUGUGAAGGACGUUGUUAGGGAGUGUGCGCAUUGUCAAAGCAGACGUGCAGUAGAAGAUGGUCAAGGGCCGCGACGCCGAGCACCCGCACGCUUGACUGAUGACACUGAUGAAGACCAGGAAGAGGAAGGAGCGGAUGGACUUUCUUAUCCCGCCGGACCAACAAAUGCAGGCGCAAUAGCGAAACACGAGCUGGUUUUUGUGGACAGUAAAGGUGAAGUGAAUCAGUUGCUGUCAGAUCACGGCCAGACAUUGCUGAACAAACUGAAUCAGCAGCGGAUCAACAACCAAUUCUGCGACAUCACCCUACUGAUCGAAGGUGAAGAGUACCGGGCUCACAAGGCUGUCCUUGCAGCAUGCAGUGAGUACUUCAAGGAGCUGUUUUUUGAGAAGGGAGCCACCACGACGCAUGAAGCUGUGAUUGAACUGUCAGGUUUCACCAAGGCCACCUUCCUCCCCCUGCUGGAUUUUGCAUACACCUCACUCCUGUCAUUUAAUUUUUGUAUUAUGGCAGACAUAGCCAACUUGGCUCGGCACCUGCUGAUGACGGAGGUACUGCAGAUUUGCGAGUCUGUCCACAAGCAGGUGGAGGAGCAAAAACUGACAGUGUAUCAGCAAGGAGAUGUCCACACAAUGUUGACCUGUGAUCCUGGUAGUCAGGAGGCUUCGGUGGAUGAGUCUGGUAUCUACACAGUGACCAUAAAUGGUGACUGCAGGGCACUAGUCUCUCACACUGGUGCACCUGGUCAGCAGAUGGCUGUCGUCACACAAACAGCAGAUAGUGAUGUCGCAGAGGUAGGCGUAGAUGGACAGGGCCAGACUGUGACUCUGAUCGCUCAGGGUGCACUGAAUGAGCCAGAGGGCAGCGUCACUGUAAUAUCUCAUUGUACAGAAGACAUUGCGGCUGAGACGAUGACAGUGGUGACCCACAGUGGACAAGCAGGAGCCAGUGAGUCGCUGGCUGUUGUCUCUGCCUGCCUGGCAAUGGAUGAGCCUCAGGUGGCUGAAACAUUAUUGGUUAAUGCGGACACCGAUAAAGUUAAUGCCACACAAGUUGUGGGAGUGGCAGAGCUGCAGGUGGAUAAAAUGCAGCCUCAGAAUACCUCAGCAGAAGAGGCUCCUGAACCCCCUCCAGUUAUUGCACCUCGUAAACGAGGGCGCCCUGCAAAGGUAAAGAAGGUGGUGGAUGAGGUUCCACCAGUAAAAGAUGAGGAAUCGAUUGUGGAUGAGAGCCAGGAAGACGAUCAGAUGACACCCGACGAUCCAAAGAAGAGGCGGUUACGGCAGCGCUCGAUGGCAGAGGGGGGGUACGCUCGUCUUCAUAUGGGUGUGGAGGAAGAAGAGGAAGACAAGACAGCUCCAUCUCCAACAAGUGUAGUUGCACCAAAGGUUUCCCCGUGGCCCAAGAGGAGAGGAAGACCACCAAAACAACCAGUCCAGACUCAGGUGGAGGGAGCGUCCCUCUCUGAAAGUGACACCACGGUGGGAUCCAGUUUGCUGGAGGUUGCAGUGGCAUCUGCGCAGCUCGGGACAGAUGAGACGGGUGCAAAUGCAGAACCAACGCCAAUUGAAGGAGAUCAGAUCAAGCCAGCAGAGGGCGCUGUUGAUGGCGAGCACACCUGUUCAGAGUGUGGCAAGUCCUUCCAGAGGCGCUACUCCCUCAUCAUGCACUCCCUGAAGCAUGAGAAGUCCAGAGGCUACAAGUGCAAUUUGUGCAGUAAAGAGUUCCAGUAUGCUGCCUCUCUGCGGGCUCACCUGGCCCGGCACAAGCAGAAGCCCAGCCAGAGGGCUCCUGCCAAGCUUUCAUCAGACCAGAGCGCUGAAGGCCAAAUGUUGGAGGAGAAGACCGUGCCCCUUAACGUAAAGAGAGAAUUUGUCUGCGACAUCUGCGGGAAAAGCCUCCCCAAACUAUACUCUCUGCGCAUCCACAUGCUCAACCACACCGGUGUGCGACCGCACUCCUGCAAGGUCUGCGGCAAGAGCUUCACUCACAAACACAGUCUGAAGAUGCAUCGAGCGCUGCACGAUGUCUCACAGCAGUUCCAGUGUCAGUACUGUCAUAAGAACUUCAUGAGCAGGCGAAGCAUGGAGGAGCACACCAGCCUGCACACAGGAGAGUCCAAGUACCUGUGCAACACCUGUGGAGAGACCUUCUUCCGGGCGUCCACCCUGAGCAAGCACCUGAAGAAGCACAAGCCACGACCAGAGACCCGCCAGUUUGCAUGCAAACACUGUGACAAAAAGUUCUUUGAGGCCAAAGACCUGCAGCAGCACAUGAACAAGCACUUGGGUUUGAAGCCCUUCCAGUGUCAGGAGUGCGGGAAGUGCUACAGCUGGAAGAAGGACUGGUACUCGCACGUCAAGUCUCACAGUGUGGCCGAGCCUUUCAAGUGCAACGUGUGUGGGAAAGAGUUCUUCGAGAAGUCUCUUUACCGCAGGCACGUGAAGAAAGCCACGCACGGGAAGAAGGGCCGGAUCAAGCAGAACCUGGAGCGGAAAUGUGAGCAGUGCGGACGCAAGUUCACUCAGCUGCGUGAAUACAGGCGCCAUGUCAACAACCACCAGGGAGUGAAGCCGUUUGAAUGCCUUACCUGCGGAGUUGCGUGGGCUGACGCCCGCUCUCUGAAGCGCCACGUCCGGACACACACAGGAGAGCGGCCAUACGUGUGUCCCUUGUGCAACGAAGCUCACAUCGACGCACGCACUCUUCGCAAACACAUGUCCAAGUACCAUGAAGCCAGCCUGCCCUGCAAGAUCAUGCUGGAGAAGGACACGUUGCAGUUCCACAACCAGGGCACACAGGUGGAGCAUGCCGUCAGCAUCCUGGCCUCUGACCUGCCCCCUGAGCUGCGGCCCGCCGAGCAGAUCACCACGGAGGAGAUAGAGACGGUGCUGAUCACAGAUGAGACGCUGGAGACAGUUGGGGCCGUGGAGGCGGUGCAGACCGUCAGCGAAGCGCCCGUGUCCACGCUGUCAGAUCAGAGCAUCAUGCAGGUGGUCAACUACGUUCUGGCACAGCAGGCACUGAGCGGAGCUAAACUGGAGGAGGCGCCUGAAGCCAUCCAGACCAUGGAGGUGGAGGUGGCUCAUGUAGCUGAAGUGGAGUAGCAGCGUCAAGUGACUCCUGAACUUUGUACAAAGAUGAUUUUUCUGGGUGUGUAAAUAGUUUCUGUCGUGUAAAUAAGGAACCUGAUAAGGCAGUCAUUUGAAACUCAUGUCAAGUUCUGUCCCUAAUCAUGACAAUUGCCCUCCUUUUGUUGAUGAUAAAA